CGUGCGCAGGCGCGGUCUGCGCGGGGACUGGCGGGACCGUGGCGGAGGGCAGACAUGUCUGGGAUCGGGGUUGUGUCAGGGAUCGGGGUUGUGUCGCGGCUGCUUCGCGCCCGGCGCCUAGCGCUGACCUGGGCGCGGCCAGCAGUAUUGCACGCAGGAGCCCGCAGUUUUCACUUCACCGUUGAUAGUAGUAAGAGGUCGUCCGCUAAAGUUUCAGACGCAAUUUCUACGCAGUACCCAGUAGUGGAUCAUGAAUUCGAUGCAGUGGUGGUCGGCGCCGGAGGGGCGGGCCUGCGAGCUGCAUUUGGCCUUUCUGAAGCAGGGUUUAACACAGCCUGCGUCACAAAGCUCUUUCCCACCAGGUCACACACCGUCGCAGCCCAGGGGGGGAUCAACGCCGCCCUGGGGAACAUGGAGGAGGACAACUGGAGGUGGCACUUCUACGACACCGUGAAGGGCUCCGACUGGCUGGGGGACCAGGAUGCCAUCCACUACAUGACGGAGCAGGCCCCGGCCUCCGUGGUGGAGCUGGAGAAUUACGGCAUGCCGUUCAGCAGAACUGAAGAUGGGAAGAUCUACCAGCGUGCCUUUGGUGGACAGAGCCUCAAGUUCGGGAAAGGCGGGCAGGCCCAUCGGUGCUGCUGCGUGGCCGACCGCACUGGCCACUCGCUGCUGCACACUUUGUAUGGAAGGUCUCUGCGAUAUGAUACCAGCUAUUUUGUGGAGUACUUUGCCUUGGAUCUCCUGAUGGAGAACGGGGAGUGUCGAGGCGUUAUUGCUCUGUGCAUAGAAGACGGGUCCAUCCACCGCAUCAGAGCAAAGAACACUGUUGUAGCUACUGGAGGCUACGGGCGCACCUACUUCAGCUGCACAUCCGCCCACACCAGCACCGGGGACGGCACUGCCAUGAUCACCAGGGCAGGCCUUCCCUGCCAGGACCUGGAGUUUGUUCAGUUCCACCCCACAGGCAUAUACGGUGCUGGCUGUCUCAUCACGGAAGGGUGCCGUGGAGAGGGAGGCAUCCUUAUCAACAGUCAAGGCGAGAGGUUCAUGGAGCGCUAUGCUCCUGUCGCAAAGGACCUGGCAUCCAGGGACGUCGUAUCCCGCUCCAUGACCCUGGAGAUCCGUGAAGGAAGAGGCUGUGGCCCUGAGAAGGAUCACGUGUACCUGCAGCUGCACCACCUCCCCCCGGAACAGCUGGCUAUGCGCCUGCCUGGCAUCUCGGAGACAGCCAUGAUCUUCGCGGGUGUGGACGUCACCAAGGAGCCGAUCCCCGUGCUUCCCACCGUGCACUAUAACAUGGGCGGCAUCCCCACCAACUACAAGGGGCAGGUUCUGAAGCACGUGGGCGGCCAGGAUCAGGUCGUGCCCGGCCUGUACGCGUGUGGGGAGGCUGCCUGCGCGUCGGUGCACGGCGCCAACAGGCUGGGGGCGAACUCGCUCCUGGACCUGGUCGUCUUCGGCCGGGCGUGCGCGCUGAGCAUCGCGGAGUCCUGCAAGCCUGGAGAUAAAGUUCCCUUGAUUAAACCAAAUGCUGGGGAAGAAUCUGUCAUGAAUCUUGACAAAUUGAGAUUUGCCAACGGAAGCAUAAGAACAUCGGAACUACGGCUGAACAUGCAGAAGUCGAUGCAAAGUCAUGCCGCAGUGUUCCGUGUGGGAAGUGUGUUACAGGAAGGCUGUGAGAAGAUCAGCAAGCUCUAUGGAGAUCUAAAGCAUCUGAAGACGUUUGACAGGGGAAUGGUCUGGAACACUGACCUGGUGGAGACCCUGGAGCUGCAGAACCUGAUGCUUUGUGCCCUGCAGACCAUUUAUGGAGCAGAGGCCCGGAAGGAGUCUCGCGGCGCUCAUGCCAGGGAGGAUUUCAAGGAGCGGGUUGACGAGUACGAUUACUCCAAGCCCAUCCAGGGGCAGCACAAGAGGCCGUUUGAGGGGCACUGGAGGAAGCACACGCUCUCCUACGUGGACAUCAGGACUGGGAAGGUCUCCCUGGAAUACAGACCCGUAAUCGACAGAACUUUGAACGAGGCUGACUGCGCCACUGUCCCCCCAGCCAUCCGCUCCUACUGAGGAGACCGGAGUUUACCAGCUCUUGUAAUUAUGUAUAAUAGCUCAUGCACGUGUUCACAUUGUAACUGCCUUCUUAAACUGUCCUCAAGUGACUGAGGAUGCCGCUUGACAGAGAUUCCUACCAGAGGCCGGCAGCUCGCCAGUAAUCAACAGCCAGGAAGUGUUCAGCUUGCCUUUGUCCCUGCUUCAUUCUUGAGAGAUAAUAAAACUGGGCGCAAUUCUUAGAUGAAACAUAAGUUACAAA